AUGGCAAACUUCUAGACUACGGGAAUUGUUAAAGAACUCUCGACGACUUUUUGAUAUCGACAAAACUGAUUUUACCAGUGAAGAAAACCGCAUCAUGACACUUCAAGAGAUGCUGAAAUUUCAUCCGGUGGUAUGACUGACUGACUGACUAAACUGUGUUUAUUAUUGUUACGUGAAUAUUAAUGUAAUGUUCGGGAAUUUUGUCACAGAUAAUGAAAAGGAUUAUAGCAAAUGGGAGCGAAGUGCAAGACCUAAGCCUCUGCUCUGGGCAACACUUCAUCAUAAAGCAGUCAUAUCAUCUAACAAAGGAGAAAUCAGACCAUCUCCAACUGGAAAAUCAGGGAAAUUUCAAAACACUGUCCAAAAUGAUUUCACAACACUCCCCAAACUCUCUACAAGAAGGACAACUGAAAAAGUGGAGCAGGACCAGAUCACCUCAAAGAGGGAAGACAAUAUCAAAACACUGAUGUUACUCAUCACAUCCAGAAAAGAAGCAAUAAAAGACCUGGAGGAGCACUGUGAACAGCUUCAAGAGAGGAAUCUGCAGAUGGCCAGAAUCAUUAUGGAUACAGACAGAAGCUCAGUCUCCAGAGCCAAAGAACUGCUCAUACAGAGUGCACAAAUGAGGAGAUCAGUGGUAGGCUUGAAAAAAUUGGAUGACAGUCUUAUUAAAAGUGCCAAGGCAGAGCUGACAGAUACAGAGGAAGCUUCACAGACUCAUCUCAACGGUUUGCAGAAGCGGUUGGACAUGGUAAAAGCGGAGGUGGUAAAGGCUCGGAAAGAGCUCCGCUUCCUGAAGACGUACAAAGAUAUGGAGUUCCCAGUCAAGGCCUUCCAGAUUGCAGACAUGAAAAGUAAACUGGACAGACUGAAAGAGAUGCAGAAGGAAGAGCAAGAGGAUGUGAUUCUGUUGUUUGAGAAAGAAAUGGUCAGUUUGGAGACAUGCCAACGCAAAAGAGAACAGGAAGUGCUGUCUGCCAUUAUUGAGAAACAAGAAUCCCAUGUCCCUCCUGUUGUCAAACUAGUGGCUUCACAGAAUUGCACAAUGAGGGAAGAGAUUAAUAUGCUCAGAAAACUGAUAAUGGAGCUAGAGCAGAAGAACGAAGAGCUAAUGAAGAGUAUUCAGGAACUGCAACAAUCAAGACCAAACAUCAGGAAAGAGAUCUUCCCAGAUGUUUUCCUGAAAUCAGAUAAGUGUACUCCAGAUAUGGACGUCCAUCUCGAUAUACCCCAAGAGGAUUUACUUCCCAUGUAGCUCUGUGCUGAAUGCAUUACCUUUUUGAGUCUUCCCUUGAGCUGCUGUAUAUUACAGAUGAAAAUCAAUGGAGCCACUUCAUUAAAUCACUUUACUCCGUCAAA